UUUGGGCACGAGACAAGAAAAAGACGCCGGCCUGUCCCCAUACAACGGUGACCUACUCCGUUGACAGUUCUUUGAGAUCUCCGAUCCAUCCGCAGUUUCUGCGUUAACCAAACUUGACAGUUGAAACCCGUUUAGAAGGUUGUAUUGUCAAUAUGGUUGCUGCCUUUGCUGCUUUUGAUCUUUCUGUCAAUCUCAAUUGGGUGCACGGAGGCCGUGGCGGCUGUGCUUCUCUUGACCAAACUUACAAAUUCAGUGUGAGAAUGCCCUUUUUAACAAAAGAAAGAUGCAACUUCAACAAUUCAAGAAAAUGCAUUAUACGCUCACCAUACAGUUCAUUAUCAAGUCCACAUCCAAUAGUGUCCUCCCACACAAGUGAAGUUGGUUCUCAUAGUAUUGUAAAUGAAUCUACUUUGAUCUUGAUCAGGCAUGGGGAAUCAAUGUGGAAUGAGAAGAACUUGUUCACUGGUUGUGUUGAUGUGCCUUUGACCAAUAAAGGAGUGGAAGAAGCAAUUGAAGCUGGUAAGAGAAUCAAGAACUUACCUUUGGAUGUCAUCUACAUAUCGGCUUUAAUUCGUUCACAGAUGACAGCAAUGCUUGCUCUCACUGAACACCACUGCAUGAAGGUACUACUACAUAUUAAUCCCAAUUCCCAAAUUCACAAAUAUUGUUUCAUAUUCAGACUUGGUUCUAAACAUAUGAAAUGCACAAAGUGCUUACAGUUGUAUAUGAGAAAUGAGAUGCAGGGAAUGGUUCAAUGCUUAUGUUCUAAGUACACUUACAGGGUGAAAUACAUCUAGUUGUAUGCUACAUAUGCAGUCUAUCCUGAUAGAAUCUAUAUACAAAGAUACUACCUUUUUAAACAACAAACCUAGCCACUAUUCUGAAAAAGCCUUGUUUUACAAUUAUUUUAGUGAAUGUUGGUUGUUUGAUCUUUGAUAUAUGUUCCUAACUCAUGUAAAACAGUUUAUGUAAGCAAGUUAUCAACAUCGGAAAUGUGUUGUGUUAUUCAUUGCCAAAGCACUGCUGCUACUGAUUCUUGAUUACUUCAUUUCUUUUUCCUUUCAAUUUUCAACAUAUUUUUGUCAU